UUCUCCUUUCGCUGUUUUUUCAUUGGCGUGUUUCGAAAUCAGGCGUUUUGCUCCACUUUUUAAAACACGCGACCUUUACCUCGCUCGUCUUCUGUUGCUUUUGAAUUUCGAACAUCAAAACAAACACUCACAAAACUCAGACAAAACCGAAAACAUGGCCAACGAAAGUCACAACAAGUCGUCGUCGUCGUCGUCGUCGUCGGGCCGCGGAGGCGCUCCGUCGGCACUCACCAUGCUGCUGAUCGAGUGGCGCUGGCUGUUUGUCGUCCCGAUCGUCCUGCCGCUGUCGUUCCUGUACGACAAGCUCUGGCAAAUCCGCCAGAUCUUCUACGAGCUGUUCCAGGCGGCGCCCAAGCUGCACGACCGCCGCGUCAAGGCGAUCCAGGACCAGGUUGUCAACUGGAACAAGGCGGGUCGCCCAGGCGGCCGUCUCGCCACCGCACGCAGCGAGUGGCUCUCCAUCUCCAUCCGCCCAGAGGACUACAAGACCAACUGCAACAAGAUCAAGAUCGAUCUGUACGACGUGCUCGCCAUCGACACCAAAAACCGCACCGUUCGCGUCGAGCCCGGCGUUUCGAUGGGCCAGCUCACCAAGGCCCUCGCCAAGCACGGAUGGACCAUCCCCGUGGUGCCCGAGCUCGACGAUCUGACUGUCGGCGGCCUCGUCAACGGAUAUGGCAUUGAGGGCUCGUCCCACAAGUACGGCUUGUUCUGCGACACUUGCACCGCCUACGAGGUUGUUGUCGCCAGCGGCGAGCUCAUCCGCGCCACCCCGACCAACGAGCACAAGGACCUCUUCCACGGCCUGCCGUGGUCGUACGGCGCGCUUGGCUUCCUUGUGGCUGUCGAGAUUAACAUCAUUCCGAUCCAGCACUGGGUCCACCUCGUCUACCGCCCCGUUUUCGGUCAGGGCGUCGACGGCGUCACCAAGGCGUUCGAGCAGGCCAUGACUGGCGGUGCCGACGUGCCCGAUGCGCGAUCGCCGUCCUCCGUGCCCGAGUUUGUCGAGGGUCUCAUGUACGACAAGGAGACUGCCGUGAUUAUGACUGGCAACUUUGUGGACGCUCCGCCCGGUCCCUUUGCCCGCGUCAACCGCAUCGGCCUGUGGUACAAGCCGUGGUUUUACAAGCACGUCCAGACCAUCCUCCACAAGGCCAUCGCUGCCAAGCGCCGCGGCAACGCCGCCCCCAGCAUGCUCGAGCGCGUCUGCAGCGUGUUCUGCAACACGAGCCAAAUCGAUGCGACCAGCGUGUACGACGAGUACAUUCCGAUUCGCGACUACUACCACCGUCACACACGCUCCAUCUUCUGGCAGGGCGAGCUGAUCGUGCCCAUGGGCAACAACCCCAUCUUCCGUGUGCUCUGCGGCUGGAUGAUGCCCCCCAAGAUCUCCUUCCUCAAACUGACGCAGCCCAAGUCGAUUCGCGAGUACCACGACGAAAUGAUGGUCGUCCAAGAUCUGCUCGUCCCGGUCUCCGUGCUCGGCGACGCCCUGACCUACUUUGACAAGACCUUCCGCUGCUACCCCAUCUGGCUCUGCGGCCAUCGCACGUACAAGACCGAGCCGCAAGGCGCGCUCAAGCCUGCUGCCUCUCUUCCCAAGGGCCAGAACUAUGAAAUGUACGUCGAUGUCGGCAUGUACUUUAUCCCCGGUGUCAAGAACUACGAGGCCGAAAAGUCCCUCCGCGAAAUGGAGUCCUGGCUGAUUGACAACCGCGGCUACCAGGCGCUCUACGCCCAGACGCACAUGACUCGCGCCCAGUUCCGCCAAAUGUUUGACUGCACCCUGUACGACAAGCUGCGCGCCAAGCACAACGCCGAAGGUGUCUUUAUGGAUGCCUACGACAAGGUUUGCUUGAAGAAGCACGCUUCGCCCAACUCACGAUGAGCUGCGAGCGAGUUUGUGUGUGUGUGAUGGUGUAUUGUUGCGCGCGCUGCGGCAGUGCUGCUAUCGGUGUCGAGUGUGUAUGUUUGAAUUUUGUUGUGACAAUCGAUUGGGAAACAAACCAAAAAAACAAAAGAAAAGAUAAAUGAAUGGC